GUAUAGCUUUGCGCGUUGCGCGCGCAUCGCAUCUGCCUGACCGACUAUGGCGGACAGGCAAUAAAGGAUGUUUGUAGUCUUUUGUAAAUCGGAAAGUAUCGACAGUUGCCAAUGGCAUAAACCGAGUUAUUUGUAAAAAUUGUACAUUGUAAAUAGUCCUGUGUACAUAUAGUAAUUAUAUUUGUGGUCGUUUUGUUUAGAAAUUGUGUGAAUAGUGUAUUAUUUUGAGUGUUUAUUCGGUUCUGUUCUCGACGCCGACUAAUUGCUAAAUCUAAGAGUUAGUACAUCAUUAUAUUUCACAUAUCUUAUAAAUUUCAAAAUUUGGUAUAAAUCACUACCCAAUUUGUACAUUUUCAUCCUUUGCCUUUGUGUUUGGGAUCAUAAGAGACCGUUGCAUUUCAUGCAAUAUUUUGUUUCCCUAGCGGCUGUCAUCGUGUUUCGAUUAAACUUCUGUCAUUACAAAAGGCAUAGAAAACAGCCGAUCCUUGAAAGAUUUUAAUGUGAGAUUAGAUGGCCGUUUGUAGUGUUUUGUAUAAUGUAAAAUAGUUUUGUUUGUAUUUGAAUGUAUUAGUGCCGAAGUUUAUGCUGUAAUUAAUAGUUAAACAUAAGAUCGUAAGAAAUAUUGUCUUAACGGUUGCAAAGGAUUAGAACACACAGAAACUGAAUGCUCGAACCUAACGAUAGUCCAAUGAAGUGGCCGGGUUCUGGGACAGAAGAAGAGGCGGGUGAAGCUGGUCUGCAGACUGCUCGCGCUCAACAAACUCGUACCCAGGAUGAUACUGGGGUUCAUUACGUUUUCCAACGAGAACCACAAGAAGGAGAAUUACAAGCUUGCUCUUUAGCUCCAAAACAACGCUGGGGUGUCGGCGACGAAACAAUGGCGGAGAAUCAAGAUAAAUGGAAAAAUACACCCAUUUCAAUGAACAAUAUGCAUCAACAAAACCCUGUUCAACUUAAAAGCUCUCAGACAAAUCAACAAUAUAUAAAUCAUUCUAUAGCUUCAUCUGUUGGCACUCUUGCAAUAAACCAAUCUGUUAUUGGAACUCACCCAGCGCACUUGACUACAAACAUGGUCCAUACACAAUUAGCACCAUUGCAAAAUCAUACAAUUGGCAAUAAUUUGGCAAUUCAGAACAGUGCAAUGAUGCUGCCUCCAUUGCAAGGCAUCCAGAACGCACAGCUGGGGCAGCAGGGCCUGUAUGACUUACACCAACAUCAUGCUGCUCCAAUGCAAGCUAUCAAUGGGAUAGGCAAGAAUGCAGAGCACUUAAUGUAUUUGAGCCAAGCGGGAAUGCUUGCUCCUGCUACUAAUCAAUAUCAAGUACAAGGACAGAAUCAGCUUAAUUUGACACCAGUUGCUGCCAUCAGAAAUCAGAUUGCACCCGCUGCAAAGAAACUAUGGGACAAGGGUCCUGGCGCCGGUGGCGACAGCAAGGGUCCGCCGCAUCUGCCGCCGCUGCAGCUGAACCCCGAGCAAAUGUGGCGUGAUCCCACUUGGUCAGCUCAAGCUGUUGAACAUAAUGUCGGUGUCCCCAUGAUGGGCACGCGUCGCGGUGUCGCUUUUCCCGGCGGCGAUGCCGGCAGCAUCCUUUCACCUCGGGAUACCGCGGGUCUAGGGGUCAAAAUGGUUGAAUAUGUACUGGGAGGAUCACCGACUGAAGCAGGCGGAGUGGCCACCGGCGGGCAUCCGCAGCACGCGCAGCACCCGCAGCACCACCCCGGUAUGCUGGGCGUGCCGCCGCUGCAAGGAUUGCCGCAUCCACAGCAUCCGCAACUUCACCCCGGUAUGACUUUAAAUGAUUCCAUGAACCAGCACAUUGAACUCGUACUGCAAAUGGAACAGCAUCCGCAAUUUGAUAACAACAGCUUUGCAACUACACAGCAGUACGCCGGCGGCGUGGGCGCAGUGGGCGGCGUGGGCGUGGGCGCGGGCAGCGCGGGCGUGGGCGUGGGCGGCGUGGCGGCCGCAGCCAGCCUCGUCAACGGUGCCUCCGUGGUGCAGCCCGCGCCCGACUCCACGCAGCACCACCAGCCCUUCGAGCUGCAGCAACUAUUCCGGUCGCAGCAGGCAGCGGCGGCCGGCGGGCAAGCGGCGGCGGCGCAGUUGCAGCUAUUGCAGCAGCAGCAGCAGCAACAGCAGUUCCAGCUACAGCAGCAGUUGGCUGCGCAGCAAGCCUUCACACAAGCGCCUUACGUAAUAAACACUGGGCAAGAAGGUACACCAUAUGUGAGCGCCGUGAUCGCCGGUGUCCCGCCUUACUAUGGCAUGGCGGCGCCUUGGGGCAUGUACCCUGGCCUGGUGGCCCCGCCGGCGCAGCAGCAAGCCCAACAGCCGCGCCGGCCCCUCACGCCGCAGCAGGGCGAGCAGCAGGUGAACGGGCAGGGCCAGUACGUGAUCCCGUACUACGACCCUGCCUCCAUCGUAUUGGGCGGCCGCAAUGGCACGCCGCUGCGCCUGGUUUCCCCGGGCGGCGUGCUGGCGCCGCGCCAGUACCCCGCAGCGCACGCCGCCGCCACGCCCGCGCCGCCCGCGCCGCCCGCCGCGCACCAGCCGCAGCAGCCGCAGCCCCAGCAGACCGGCGGCGCGGGGACGCGGCGCGACUCGCUGGAGUUCGGAGGUGGCGGGCCGGCGGCCGCGCUGCAGGAAUACGCGCGCAAGUGGGGGCCCUCGCCCCUGUCGCCGCCGCUCGCGCUCGGCCCCGUCGGCCUGCGCCCCGUGUCGGCGGCGCCCGGCGCUGAGACUGCCAAGUACAGAUCCGUCAGCAACUUGGCGCAGGGGCUGACGUCCAACGGAAUGUUCGGCUCCUCCUCCUCGCUACUGAGCAAGCUCAGUGGGGUCGGCACCAUCUCAGAACUUGUAGGCGGUGGUGUGGGGGGCGUGGGCAGCGUGGGCGUGGGCGCGGUGGGCGGCGUGGGCGUGGGCGCGCUGGUGGGCGAGAAGCCGCCCGCCGGCCGCUCGCGCCUGCUGGAGGACUUCCGCAACAACCGCUUCCCCAACCUGCAGCUGCGCGACCUCGCCAACCACAUCGUGGAGUUCUCGCAGGACCAGCACGGCUCCAGGUUUAUUCAACAGAAGUUGGAGAGGGCCACAGUCCCGGAGAAGCAAAUGGUGUUUAAUGAAAUUAUUGGCGCUGCGUACAGCCUCAUGACUGAUGUCUUUGGAAAUUAUGUCAUACAGAAGUUCUUUGAGUUUGGGACAACCGAACAGAAAACUACAUUAGCGCAAAAGGUGCGAGGGCACGUGCUGGCGCUGGCGCUGCAGAUGUACGGCUGCCGCGUCAUCCAGAAGGCGUUGGAGUCCAUCCCCGCGGAGCAGCAGCAGGAGGUGGUGCGCGAGCUGGACGGACACGUGCUCAAAUGCGUUAAGGAUCAAAACGGAAAUCACGUCGUGCAGAAGUGCAUCGAGUGCGUGGAGCCGGCGGCGCUGCAGUUCAUCAUCAACGCGUUCUCGGGGCAGGUGUACGCGCUCUCGACGCACCCC